GACAUCGUCGACGGCGGGCGAGGCAGGCCCAUUGAUCGCGCUCUCCUCCGCCCUCCAUGUCCGCCAUCCGCUGCUUCAGAGCGGGCCAUGUCUUAGCAGCCGCUAGAUCGCCAGCGCGCACGCUCCCUGUACGAUGCGCCGUGAACACCACUCGGCAUGCGGCGUGGAAGCGGCGCAUGUCUUCGCAGCCGGAGGGGGCGCAGGAAAAGGCCGGACAGUCAUCACAACAGCAGCAGCAAGCUCCGCCACCAGGUGUCUCCGCUGCACAGGCAGCCUACGCCCGGCAGCGGCAGGAAAAGUACACCGCGAAGAAUAGGGCAUUGUUGAUGUACACUACCGCAGUGAUCAUCGGCGCCGUCGGCGUGACCUACGCCGCCGUCCCCCUUUACCGCAUGUUCUGCGCCGCCACCGGCUUCGCGGGCACUCCGAACGUCGGCCAGGGCGGCCGCUUCGCCCCCGAGCGCCUCGUCCCCGUCGACGACGCCCACCGCAUCCGCGUGCACUUCAACGCGGACCACUCCGAGCAACUACCCUGGAAGUUCAUCCCGCAGCAGAAGUUCGUCAAUGUGCUGCCUGGGGAGACGAGUCUGGCGUUCUACAAGGCGAAGAAUGUGUCGAAUGAGGAUAUCAUCGGGAUUGCGACGUAUAAUGUCACACCGGAUCGGAUCGCUCCGUACUUCUCGAAAGUGGAGUGCUUCUGCUUCGAGGAGCAAAGGCUGCUGGCGGGCGAGGAGGUCGACAUGCCCAUUCUGUUCUUCAUCGACAAAGAUAUGUUGGAAGACCCUUCAUGUCGGCACGUCGAUGACGUCGUGUUGUCGUAUACGUUCUUCAGGGCACGGCGAAAUGCCCACGGGCAGCUCGAGCCCGACGCUGCAGACGACGCGGUACAGCACUCUUUGGGCUUCGACCAGUACGAGCACGCGCCGAAGCACGAGGAGCGCAAGGAGGAAGCAUCGUCAUAGUCUAUGUAGGCGUGCAACGAUGUAUGACUCCAUGCAUUCUAAUCCACUACUCACUCUCGUACACCAACGCCGCUCCACCGCUAGGUUCUCGCCCCAUCCGCGCACUUUUUUGCCCUCGUCAUCCUGACCUGCUUCGCCCCUCACUCAUUCCCCACUUGCACCCUCACUCCUCCGCUACCACAAUCACCGCCUUCCCCCUAUUCUCU